CCUCGUGGUUUCGUAUUACCAUUGCCGUCACGACUCUGGCCUCCCCAUCAAGGACUUCGUAUGAAUAGAGGAUGGUGGGUAUAUAUUGCCCCGUGGUUGGCAUCCACCAUCCUAGUUCUAUCACACAAGCAUUCAAAUACAUCAACAUCCCUUCUGUACAUACAUAUUGAUAUCUCUACAUUUCCUAUUAUCCACUCGCUUCGUUAACACGCUCGCUCAACGAUGCGCUAUAUACUCACAUCUACUGCCCUAGUGGCAAUAGCUUCGGCUACUCUCCCCACUAUCAAGGAUCCAUGCCUCGCAAAGUGCGUUGCCACAGCCGGAUACGCUGAUAUCGAGCACCUCUGCGCGACCUCAGCCCGGGCUCUACUUGCGGCAUGCAACCAGAAAGAAUGCCACGAUGACUGGCAAGACUAUAGGCUGGAAUAUGAGAAGCUCUGUGGACCAACUCCAUCAUCGUCAUCGUCGACAACAACUUCUACACCAACGCCGACCCCAACUGACGACAAGAUUCCAGACCUCCAUCAAACCUGCCUCAAAGGGUGCUCCGAGAAGUUAGGCUAUAAGCUAAAGAGCGUCUUCUGCACUGACGAUAGUGGUGCCGCCAUUGGACAAUGUGUCAGCAAGAACUGCCAGGCUGAUGUCAGUUACGUGUUUGAGGAGUAUGGGAAAAUUUGCGGGCAUUAUCCGACCCCAGUCCCAACAACUACUCCAACUCCGACGCCGACACCUAAUCCAUUCCCCUACAAGUUCACAGACGCAUGCGUCGAAAACUGUGUGAAGAAGGGCGGCUACAAGGACGUCAAGGAGUUAUGCACUGCCGAAAACGCGGUUCGUGAAUGCGGCAUCGACAAUUGUCCCCAAGACUGGCAGGUAUUUGGGUGGGAGGUUGACCAAAUCUGCCGCCCGAAUAACGAGCCAAGGCCGAUUCCCUGCCCAGACGGAAGCAGUUUCUACUGUGUCUGCCCCUCAGGCUACACUCCUGACUAUCGCGGGUAUUGCAGGGCAACGAACACAACACCCACGCCAACACCCACACCAACUCCAUUCCCCUACGACUUCACUGAUGAGUGUCUGAAGAAGUGCGUGAAUGCUGGCCCGUGGAAGAAUGCUCACGAGCUAUGUGCGCCUGGAGCCUGGGAUUCUCUGAUUGUAUGCAAGGCCAAGAAUUGCCACGACGACUGGCACGACUUCCAAGCCGAAUAUGCUCUCAUCUGCAAUCCAAAGACGUCGAGCUCCAGCACAACCCCGACGCCGACACCAACGCCAAUCCCAUGCACGCGGAGCCAUCAUGGCAAUUGUGAAUGCCCGUCAGGCUACUACUACGAUUAUCGUGGAUCCUGCCGUCCGAUCAUCACGACUCCACCGCUCCCGACUACCACCCCUCCUUACCCAUGCUGGAACAAGACCUUUUGCACGCAUCCGCAUCCUAAGCCAACUGAAGUCACCAUUACCACAACAUCCAUCGAAACGAUUACCUGGUGUCCCCCGAAGUGUACAUGUCAUGGCCAAACCACUAAGUGGACGCACACGCAAGGUCCAACGUCCUGUCCACCAACAGUGACGUGCACGUGUGUACUUCCAGGCUACCCGACGUUAACAACUUGCCCGCCAAGUGUGACUUGCACUGGCCAAACGACGACAAUCACGGAGGGAAGCACGGUUGUGUUGCCGAGUGAGAGUCUACCACCACAUACACCAGCGGGCCCAACGACAAGCGUGCAAGAAUUUGCUGGAGCGGCUGCGACCGGAGGGGUAGGGUUGAUGGCUGCUAUUAUUGGGUUGGCUGCGGUGUUGUGAGGAGCUGGAUUGGAAUGGGAUGUAGAUGAAAGGGGGGUUUAGGCAUUGGGGAUGAGAGAGGGGAUAAGAGUGAGGGGAUAAUGUGAGAGUGAAGAACCAGGAGGAUUUAAUUGGGCAAAAUUGCUUGACGGGUAAUGAAUCAUGUCGCAAUGGUUAUGCGCAUAGGCCAACAGGUAAGAAGGUUAAUAGUGUGUAAUAGUAAUGUCAUUCUUUUGUUUAAA